AUGCCUGGCGCUCUUCUUGCCCUCAGUGCCCCUUCUUAUGCGGAAGAGCCUCAUUCUUUGGAGGACACCGCUGUGCACCCAGAGACAGGCUGUAUUCCUUGGUGUUGGCCUGUGUGGCAACAGCGUACUAUGCUUAGUUCAACUCCCUUAUCAGCGACUAUAAACGAGGACACUCCCAGUGCUUGGAAAUCCCCCAAGGUCCAUCAGGCCGUCUUGACAUUUACUCGCAAUUUCUGGGCCAUAGACGAUGCUGCCCAAGUUGAUUACAUCAAAAAAGAUCGCUCCGAUAACGACAACCAAGGACGACAACUUUGGCUAGACUAUUGCCAUUUCAAUUGGUCAAACUGGAAAAUAAACAGUACCGUUGAUACGGUACUGGCUGAACGGGGCCUUGACCCUUAUUCAGUUAUGAAGCGUCUCAAGGUAGCAAAUCUCCCAGACCUUGCCACCUCUCAGGUGGCCCUCGCCUACUCUGGCCUUGCAGAGGCACUUUUUGGCCCUGAAUCUUCUACGGAGGAUGGCAUUGCACUUAAGGAGCCAGUGCGCCUUUUUCUAUACUGGAUCUUUCUAAUGCCUAAUCCUAUUUAUCCAGAAUUCUUGUCAACCACGGAACAAAGCAAAUGUCUGGACGCAGAAGGCAUCAGAGCCUGGCUCAAGGAUGUGGACGGCCUUACAAAAAUCCUGACUCGAUAUGGUGAUCAAGAAUCGCUGAAGCAGCUUUCAGAGCAGCGAGAGAUACUUAGCGACCUUCUUCAAGGCUUAGGGAUAGAUGUGAAGAGUGGAAAUCAGUACCGGCUACCUAAGUCUCUACGUCAAGCACUUUCAUUCCUUGCCACCCAGCAGGAUAUUACUCUACUCACUGCGUCCAUUCAAGACCAGUUGAAACUUUGCGAUCCUAAUGCAAUGCCUGCAGACUCCAUACCUCAAUUUGACCCAGAUGCCACCCAUGAUUGUGACUUUCAGUGGUCUGAAGGCGUAGAAGAGUACAACAGUAUGUCUGAGGACGACCUUUGGACUAUUCUUGGACUUCCAGAAAAGCAAAUACCGUUCUUUAACCUUCUGCAAGACUCCUAUGGCAAUUGUGACCCCUGGACGGACCAUGGUCAGACCUGGUUGAAAGAAAACGGAGAACCUCUAGCUCUUCGCUGGCACCAGCUAGUCGGUCUGGCAAAGAUGGUCAAGAACGCAUUUUGUGAAAUGCCCGUCCUGCUCAUGGACGAAGUAGGCCUAGGUAAAACCAUUCAAGUCACUGCCUUAAUUGCGGUGCUUUCAUUCUAUCGAGAAUUUUACUCCGUGCACCGAUGCUUUCCGGGUAAAAUAGCUGGAAAGCAGUGGAGGAGCAACUCUCCAAAUAUUCCAAAUUUCCCAGUGAUGAUCGUCGUGCCAGCAAAUCUAGUUUCUCAAUUUACCUCAGAGUUGCACCGAUUCCUCCGACGGGGAGCUUUUGAUAUUCUACCGUAUCUGGGUACUUGGACCAGUCGACGAACCUGGUGGGAAGAUAUAUGGGGCAGGUCAAAGCAACCAGAAGGGCGACGGAUCAUCAUCACUGCUCCCAAGGCUUUAGAAUCAGACUGUGAUCGCAUUUUUGAGGCCAAUAACCUGACCCCGACAAAAUACCCACGACAGAAAACCAAUUAUACUUCGGAUGCAUCCAGCACAGCUUAUGGACGAGAUUUCUUGUUGGGUUUGGUGGACGAGGCUCAUAACUACCGAAAUAUCAAAAAGGGUUACUGGGCCAUAUUUUGCCUUCGUUCCCUAUGUCACACCAUGGUAGCUAUGACUGCAACACCCAUCACCUCUCGACCUCUUGUGAGCGACCGUAUUGCAAAGAUAAUUGUAGGAACGGUAAAGGGCGAUGCUAAUGUUGAUGUUCCCAGUCUAUACCGCACUCAGAUGCUGACUUGGAUUGGAAUUAUCCGAGAGAGAUUUUCAGGCAUUGUCAUACACCGUAAUAUUUGGUCUGUUGAUUAUGGCGGCACGAGGAUCUCAGGCUUGGCUCCAUUUCAAGAGCACAAUCUCCUUGUAAAGCUAUACUGCCACGAGGUGGAUAAUCUUGAGCGCAUUGCCAAGGAUUUGGUUGAGGAAGGUAGUGCUAGAGCAGCAAAGUUUGCUUCUGGCUCGGAGUGGAAGAAGGACCCUUCCCGAAAACUGGACGUUCUGGCCCAUAUAAUCAGUUGGCAUCUGGAGCAUGACGGUCGUCCAGCUUUAUGCGUCGUCAAUGACAUGCUAGUGGCGUCAUCUCCCAAUCCUCCAGCCAGCGUUGCAGACUCUUUGCCCUGUGACAAAAUGGUGGUUUAUUGUGCAUUCCCUUCUAGUUAUACGCAAGUGCUGAAGGUUCUGGAGCUCAAUCGCAUCCAAACUUUACAGAUUUAUGGCAAAUUGUCGACCUCUGCAAGAACCGAUGUCAUUGAAAAAUUCAAAAGUAGCCAACACGACGGUCCUCGUGUUUUGAUAAUCUCUAAUGAUUCACUUUGGUCUGCCACGGAUGAAGGACAGCUUAUUGGACGCAUUUAUCGUCCCCCUCAACCAAAAAUGGUCCAUAUUUACCGAAUUGUUGCGGCUGACACUCAGGAUGUCUUUCUGAACAACAUCUCCUUCAGUAAGGCUGCUGUCCUUGAGGCAUUCACAGGGGCAACACCCAGUUUACGCACGUAUCUGCUUUCUGCUCUUAGGUUAAAUUUUUAA